AAACAAGUGCUGCCCGUUGACCACGUCGAGCACAGCCGGUCCAAAGGAAACCUAACAUACGCUCUUCUUGGUCCUCUGACCCGCUCGCGAUGGCAUACGCUUCAAAAAAAGAGGAAGAGAGUGGUCUGAGCUCAUACUACAACAAUAAAACCACAAUAAUACAGGAGGCCCGCGUUUUCAAUGACUCCCCAAUCAGCCCGAGAAAGUGCAGGGCGUUACUCACGCGCAUAGUCUAUCUGCUCUAUGUCGGUGAGACGUUUGGGACGCAAGAGGCAACGACGCUGUUCUUCGGGACUACGAAGCUUUUUCAGCACAAGGACAGUGCACUGCGGCAAAUGGUCUAUCUGGCUAUCAAAGAGCUGGCAACUACGGCUGAAGAUGUCAUCAUGGUCACGAGCAGUAUAAUGAAAGAUAUGCAACCCAACUCUGAGGUCAUCUACAGACCAAAUGCCAUCCGUGCAUUAUGCCGCAUCAUAGAUCCCUCUAUGGCCCAGGGAGUUGAACGUUUCUUCAAGGCUGCUAUCGUUGACCGCACACCCUCCAUCUCAUCUGCAGCCCUCGUCUCCUCUUACCAUCUCUUCCCUCAAGCCAAGGAUGUUGUCAGACGCUGGGUUAACGAAGUUCAAGAGGCCGUCAAUGCCAAAACAUCUGGAUCUUUUUUUGGCGGCGCGUCUUCUGGUUCAUACCUUAACUUUGGUUCAUCGGGAAACUCGAAUAGCGGGUACCAGCCUAUUCCGUCCAGCAGCUAUAUCACGCAGUACCAUGCCUUGGGUUUACUCUACUUGAUUCGUCAACAGGAUCGCAUGGCCGUCACUAAAAUGAUCCAGCAACUCGGAGGAGGCAAGUCUGGUGCUGGCACUACGCUCAAAAACGCGAUGGCUUUAUGUAUGCUCAUUCGUUAUGCCGCCAAGGUCAUGGAAGAGGAUCCGAACGUUCAAAGGCAAAUGGUCGAUUUACUGGAAGGCUGGCUACGGCAUAAGAGUGACAUGGUCAACUUCGAAGCGGCUCGUGCUAUUUGCGAGAUGAAAAACGUUGGGCCUGCUCAGCUCACCAAAUCAAUAGCAGUCUUGCAGCUGUUCCUCUCAUCUCCCAAAUCUGUCUUAAAAUUCGCUGCGACCCGCACGUUGGCUUCUCUUGCUUUAUCACACCCUGCUAGUGUCGCUACUUGCAACGUUGACCUGGAAAGCCUUAUUACGGAUUCAAACAGAAGCGUCGCCACCUAUGCGAUUACUACGUUGCUCAAGACCGGUAAUGAGGCAUCUGUGGACCGUCUCAUGAAACAGAUCACUGGAUUCAUGUCCGAGAUCAGUGACGAGUUCAAAGUUAUCAUCGUGGAUGCCAUACGCUCAUUAUGCCUCAAAUUCCCUUUGAAACAUGCAUCUAUGCUUGCCUUCCUUUCAGGUGUUCUCCGAGAUGAAGGCGGUUACGAUUUCAAGCGUGCUGUUGUUGAAGCUAUAUUUGACAUGAUCAAAUUUAUUGGGGAAUGCAAGGAACAGGCACUGUCACACCUGUGUGAAUUCAUCGAGGAUUGCGAGUUUACCAAGCUGUCUGUUCGCAUCCUUCAUUUGCUGGGCGCCGAAGGGCCAAAAGCCCCUCAGCCAACGAAGUACAUCCGCUUCAUCUACAAUCGAGUAGUUCUGGAGAAUGCUACCGUCAGGGCAGCUGCGGUUUCUAGCUUGGCCAAGUUUGGUGUCAAUGCGGUAGAUGCUGGCUUGCGGAGGAGCAUUGGUGUACUACUUAACCGUUGCCUCGAUGACGUAGACGAUGAAGUUCGUGAUCGUGCUGCUAUGUUCCUGAGGGUACUCAAGGAGGCUACCUUGGCUGAUGCAUAUAUUAAAGAAGAAUCCGUAUUCUCCUUGGCUGCUCUGGAGUCAAAAUUGGUCGCCUAUGUGAACGACCCCGAUGCUAUACAAACACCCUUUGACGCCACGUCAAUACCCAAGAUCAGUCGGGCUCAACUUGCUGCAGACGCAACUCGUCCCAGUACACUCGAUACCAUUGCUGUUCCUAGCGCUAAGAAGACUUCCGCGUCGCCACCACCACCGACUGCUGCAGAAACACAGUCCGCCUACUUACAACAGCUCUCUGAAGUUCCUGAAUUGGCUUCAUAUGGACCUGUUCUCAACAGCAGCACGAAGCCAGUGCAACUUACAGAAACUGAAACUGAAUACCAGGUCACGUGUGUAAAGCAUAUUUUCAAGGAACAUGUCGUAUUCCAAUUCAAUGUAUCGAAUACUUUACCGGACACAGUCCUUGAACAGGUAUCAGUGAUCAUGCAACCACAAACGGAUUCCGGCUUGACAGAGGAUUUCAUCAUUCCUGUACCUUCACUCGCAUCCUCGACGUCACCCAGCAUCGUUUAUGUCUCAUUUACGCGAGACACUCCAGAGGAGUAUACGACUGCCUCGUUCCAAUGUAUUCUCAAGUUCAUUAGCAAGGAACUCGAUCCAUCGACUGGUGAGCCAGAGGAAGAAGGUUAUGAAGAUGAAUACCAGCUUGAGGAGGUGGAGUUGUCUGCUGGUGGAGAUUACAUCAUUCCCAGCUACAGUACUUUCUCAGCGGAGUGGGAUCGUCUACGAUCAGGUGCUACUGCUACGGAGACAUUCUCACUUGGUUCUAUGGACAGCCUUAAAGCUGCCUGCGACUCAAUUAUUGAGGUAUUGAACAUGGAAGCGCUCGGUGGGACUGAGACACCGUCAUCAAGCUCUGUGCACACAAUGCAGCUUUCUGGUCUUGUGACAGGUGGAGGAGGAAAGGUAUUGGUGCGCUGUCGGAUGACGUUCGCCAAAGGAACGGGGGUGACACUAGAACUGGGGGUGCGUGCAGAGAAGGAGAACGCAUGCAACCUGGUGCUUGCGGCCGUUGGAGGUUAGACGUAAAAUCGGUAGUGUGUGUAAUCGGAUGCCAUACCCCCAAAUAAUCGUACGACACCGAGUGUGACUACCACUUAUGUUGCUGGCUUACUAUUCCCAUCUACUGGAUAUGCAUAUUUUCACACUAA